UGCCACGUGCUUCAUCCCUCCCGUCUUCGGCUCUUCGCCGUUCAUAAUCUUUCUUCUGUCGGAUCUUGUUGUGUGCGCCUGGGUGGUGUAUCCAACCGACGUUGUCUAGAGAUGUUGUAAACACGAAGCCUAGCUCUUCUAAUUUGACGAGUUCUGAACUGAAGUUGUAAAACGAAUCCUUACAAUGCUAAUCUUUUUUAUUUGUUGGGUCAAAUGCCAACAUUUCGAGCUCACUUGUCUCUGGCCUAGGAUUGGACCAUUGGAGUGAUACAGAUACACCUCGCAAGUCGCAACAAAAUUUCCAUGCCAACGUGGUUGGCAAAAUCUGAUAGCACUUUGAGCUUAGCUUCUAGUACCACUGUUAUUUGACGUUCUUUUGUUCUUUCUUGGAUGGUUAGCUUCUUAUGAACUGAGUUGACUUUAAAGCUCUUCCAUAUUUAUGUUAUUAAAGAUGAAUAGACUGUAGAGGUUGGUAAAAUUGACAUCUUCAGUUUUAUGCUUCCAGGGCAGAGCACUGUUGCAUAGCCUCUCAGGAAAUCUAUCUUCAUGGAUCAUCGAUGCUAUUUACAGUGAUAUGUGAUAGGCUGGCAUAUUUAGUGUUGUCAAUCAAGAUUCAAGGGUUCAGCAUAACCUAGCCACAUUAAAGCUGCUAACUUUUGUAUUGUUGCCGCUCUCAAGAUUCAGUGCUGUUUUACCAUGCCUAUGACAACUACAUGACUUAUGCAUUCCCUCAUGAUGAAUUGAAGCCUCUUACUAAAAGUUUCACGGACUCGCUUAGUGAGCUUGGCAAUUUAAAUCUUGAACACUUGCCACAGGAUUAUAGUGGAUCCGCGUUGACACUGGUUGAGUCAUUAUCAAGUCUUGUUGUCUUAGGUAACCUCACAGAGUUUGAGAGAGGAGUUCUCUGGCUUUCAGAAAAUCUGACAUUUGAUGUUGAUGCUCGGAUUAAUCUUUUUGAGUGUAACAUAAGACUUCUUGGGGGGCUUAUUUCUGCUCAUAUUCUUGCAAAAGACUACAGCAGCCAGUUUAAGCAUGGGCUGUAUCAAGAUCAAUUACUACGUCUUGCUGAAAGUUUAGGCAAUCGUUUUCUACCGGCAUUUGAGACACCUACUGGAUUGCCGUAUUCAUGGAUUAAUCUUAAGUAUGGGGUGAUGGAAAAUGAAACAACUGAAACAAGCACAUCAGGGUGUGGCUCCCUUAUACUUGAAAUGGGUGUGUUGUCACGUUUGACUGGUGAUUCUAGAUAUGAAGCUGCAGCUCUUCGUGCUCUCCGCAAGUUAUGGAGCAUGAGAAGUUCACUGAAUCUAGUAGGCACCACACUUGAUGUUUUUACUGGCAAGUGGAUUCAGUAUUCAUCCGGAAUUGGUGCUGGUGUUGAUUCAUUUUAUGAGUAUCUGAUUAAAGCAUAUAUUCUUUUCGGAAGUGAUGAGUACUGGGAUAUGUUUCAUUCAGCUUAUCUUGCGGUGCAGAAGUACUUCCGACAUGGUCCAUGGUAUCAUGAGGCUGAUAUGAGGACUGGAGAAGCAACGCACUGGCAGCUAACUAGCCUUCAGGCUUUCUGGCCAGGUCUUCAGACACUUCUUGGAGACGUAACUGCUGCAAAUCUAUCACACCGUGAGUUUUACAAUAUAUGGCAAAGAUUUGGUGUGCUACCUGAAAGAUAUCUUUUGGACUAUGGAAUGUUGCAUCCUACAGAGAAGUACUAUCCCUUGCGUCCUGAGUUUGCUGAGUCAACAUUUUAUCUUUAUCAAGCUACUAAAGAUCCUUGGUACCUAGAAGUGGGUGAAACCAUUGUGAGGUCACUUAAUUACUAUACUAAAGUGGAUGGAGGUUUUGCUAGCAUCAGAGAUGUUUCAACAAUGAAACUUGAAGAUCACCAGCACAGCUUCUUUCUUUCAGAAACGUGCAAAUAUCUUUUUCUUCUGUAUGAUGAUUCAUUCUUGAGGAAUCAAAAUUACAUAUUUACAACAGAGGGUCAUCCCCUUCCAAUAAGAAGCACGUGGCAUGAGAAAUUUCCUGCAGCAUAUGUUCCCAGCAAUUGGACAUCUGUUAAGGAUGAGAUCCAACCAAUUCGCGCGAGCGCAUUAUCGUCUCAAGUUUGUCCCGAGACGAUUUUCGGAAGAAGUGUUGGUACCCCAUGGGAGAGUGCGUGCCAUGUUCCAGAUGCGCACGCUAGCCACAGAUGCAGGACUGACGAUGACUGUGGAAUAGAAGCAAUAACAUGCAAGAAGAGGACCUGCAGUAUGGCUGGCUACUGCGGCUUAUUUUUUUAUAAUGGAAACAAGAGUUCCGGCUUUAGCAUGAUAAUGCGUACAGCCAAUACAAGUCGAUUAUUACAAUUAAGAACUGCUGCAUGAAUAGUGAUACUAACUCAAAGGAACUAAAUUACAAUACUAUGACUAACACUAGUCAUACUCAAUUCUUGAAUUUGAGCGCCAUCCAUGGUUUGCGAA